CGAAGGAAAGCACCACAGAGAUGGAGACAUGAGGACUGAACAGACAGCAACAAGUGGUGGAUGGGGUUUAAACCCCGCUAGCCCUGCUGGAUCUCACCCAGACUCAGGCAUACCGGGCUGGAGGGACAGCACUGGCUACACGUUUGGCAGCUGAAGGAGGAGAAGAACAAAACCUGAACGGCAGCCAAAUGGUUUUACCUCAACUCAGAAACAAAAGAGCGCACUUUGAAAGACAAGAAAAGAGAGUACGUGACUUGCCUCCAGCUAGUCCCUUUGCACAUCUGGAGAGAUUAGCUGGCAAAGACUAACAUUUCCCCAGCAGCCAUGCAGAAGUGUGCCCCGUUGAGACGAUGAUCAGAAUGUUCCUGGCACACCCAACAACCUCACUGGCACAGCUGUCCUCCACCCACGUUUUUUUCUGCCUCCUCCUGUGCAUCCCUCCUGUGUGGACCUCCUGCCCCCAGCCCUGCCAGUGCACAGACCACUCAGGAGCCAGGGUUGUGCUGUGCAGCUCAAAGCAUUUGGAUGAAAUCCCGAAGGACAUUCCCCAAGAUGCUGUGUUUGUGAAACUCGAUGCAAAUAAAAUCACCCAGAUCCCCAACAACGCAUUCAAACACCUGAACCACUUGGAAGAGCUGGACCUCUCCAGAAACGCCAUUGAGAAGAUAGACAUGGCAGCUUUCAGAGGGGUGGCAGACGGGCUGCGGACACUGGAUCUUUCCAAUAACCUUAUUCAGAGUAUUCCCAAGGAAGCCUUAGUCAAACUGAAUGCUAAGAUCCGCCUGUCCAAUAACCCGUGGCACUGCGAGUGCGCGUUGCAGGAGGUGCUCUCGGAAGUGAAUUUAGAUCCCGAGUCAGUGAACGAGAUCACCUGCCAAACCUCUGUGCGCGAAGAAUAUGUCGGGAAACCUUUGAUCCAGGUCCUGGACUCUGGCGUCAAUUUCUGUAACAUCCAUCAAAAGACCACAGAUAUCGCCAUGUUCAUCACCAUGUUUGGCUGGUUCACCAUGGUCAUCACCUAUGUGGUGUAUUACGUUCGACACAACCAGGAAGAUGCCAGGAAGCACCUGGAGUACCUUAAAUCACUGCCUAGCACCCAGGUCCCCAAAGAGACCAUCAGCACGGUCCUGUAAUGCCAAGCACCGAGCACCGUGUCAAGAAAUGCCUCGGGGGAAGCAAUCUGCUUCUGACCUGCUUGCACAAGCUUUUCUAUGAGAUUUUUAUGUGACAUUUGAUAGAAACAUGAAAAUGUAUUUUGUUAUUAACUGAACCAUGGCCACAAGCUUGUAGGGGAACAGCAGUACCCCUGUUUACGUCACAUCCCUUGCCGUGACGGGUUACUCAUUGCUAACUAGGACACAACAGGAUAUGUCCUGGCCGCUGCAGAAGGUUAGAGAGCAGAACCCCCUAGUCCUGCCUGCCUCUGUCAUUUCAGAGGGUGGUGUUCCGGAGAGUAGAAUGUGCAGCCAGAGAUCAAAGGUCUCCAGCGUCUGGAGGGAGUGUGGGGAUCCUAAGUUGUGCCGCUGAGCAGUCAGUGUCUGCUCAGCACCAUCAGCAUGAGACCAGCACAGAGGCCUGUGCCUGCAACUGACACAGCCGUGUGGCCUUGGAGCCUAAGACACCAAUAACUGCCUCGGGCUGCAUUUCCCCUGCCCCACCGCAAGUUCCCUGCUAGAGGGAGCCCUCCGCACUGAUAGAGGGGUCAGCCACAUUGCAGCACCAGCCCCUCCUUGCCCCAUACAGGCGAGAACGGCUUGGGGGGGGCAGGUCGGGAUCUGCCUGCUCCUGCUAUGUACUGGUUGGGCUCUGCACACGAGCAUGUUGAGGUCUAUAGAGGAGCCUGGCAGCUCUGUGUGGAAGGCCCUGAUCUGGGUCCCUGUGCUGGGAGCAUCCGUGGUCAGUAGCUAGAUGGGCGCACAAGCCAAACCAGCGCAUGUUGGUUCCUUCAGCCAGGGAGAACACCCCAGAAGUGGGAGAUCAGUGGGUCACCCUCAGUUUCUGUCAUGCCACAGAGACACAUGCUCAGCCCUGGGCCUUCCUACCUGGGUCGCCGUUCAAAGGGAUCGACUCACCCCCACCUGUCCCCUUCUGGUCCUGGGCAAGCUUCCCUGAUGAGAGGAGAAAAACGAGCUGUUUGCCCAAGCCCUCCCCAGUACCACCCACCCCAGUCGUGAGUCAGACCCCACCAAUCAUGAGAUUAGCCCCAAAAUCAGGAGGGUUUUGGUUUAAGGAGUGCAAGGAUGGGUUUAGGCUAGUUUUGGAUUUUUGAAAAAAAAAAUUGUGUGACAAUCAGUGCUGCCAGCUCUUCCCUGUGUGUGUGUGUGUGUGUGUGUCUGCAUAUGUGUGUGUGUGUGUGAUAGUUACAGUGCUGCCGCUCUCCCGUGUGUAUCUCUGUGUGUGUGCGUGUAUGUGUCUGCAUGUGUGUGUAUCUGUGUGUAUGUGUGCGUGAUAGUCACAGUGCUGCCAGCUCUCCCAUGUGUGUUUGUGUAUCUCUGUGUGUGGGCGUGCGUGUAUGUGUGUGUGUGUCUGCGUGUGUGUGUAUCUGUGUGCGUGAUAGAUACAGUGCUGCCAGCUCUCCCCAGUGUGUGUGUAUGUGUGUUUGCGCGCGCGCACGCGCAGGGGAAGGCAGCCCCUUCCCCAGCCCAAGACUCCUCCGGCUCCUAAGGGGAGGGGGGCAGAGCCCUGCCUGCCUCCUGCAGCAGCUCUCAGCACUGCUCCCCACCUCCUGCCCAAGCCUCUCAGGGCCCCGGGGUGGCUGCAGCCAGGGGAUGCUACUAGGAAAGGGGCCAGACCCAAUGCAGCGGCACAGCGACACCUGCACUCCCUGGGGAGCUGCUGAGUCUGAGGGUGGGGCCUGUAAAGGAGAAAGUCCCGCCCCAAUGGGCAAUGGGAGGAGCUCCAUGAGCAGAGCCUUGUGAGAGUCCUUCUCCCAGCGCCCCCUCUUGGGGCAUUGGUCACGGAAGGGGAUGAGCCAGCACUGCUGGGCGAUAGCUAGGUACUGGCUGGGCGGUUAGCUAAUUACUGACCGUCUGUCUGCGGGGAUAGCAAGUCAUUGACCAGCUGUCUGUCUGGACAGUU